GAAUAAUGAAUAUGUUGAAAAGCAGUGAUUUAUCCUGGAGUACAAUCCUAGGAUAUGGCGUUGGUCAUAUUUUUAAUGAUAUAUGUGCAUCAAUGUGGUUCACCUAUUUACUACUUUUUUUUCAAAAGGUUUUAUAUUUUCAAACAGUGGAUAGUGGAGUUCUGUUACUGGUUGGACAAAUAGCAGAUGGAAUAUCUACGACUAUUGUUGGAAUAUUGGCGAGCAAACUAUCAAAUUUAUUCUUUUGCAGAAAAUAUGGCGGGAGAAAAUCUUGGCAUCUGAUUGGCUCUGCUUGUGUUCUGGUCAGCUUUCCAUUCAUUUUCUUGCCUUGCAUAGGAUGCGAAACCGCCCUACGAGGAACCCAGAUGUUCUACUAUAGUUGUUUUAUCAUCCUGUUCCAGUUUGGCUGGGCGUGUGUUCAAAUAUCUCAUUUAGCAUUGGUCACUCAACUUUCAGAUAAAGGAGAGACGAGAACAUUGUUGACCUCCCUCCGAUAUCUUGGAACUGUGGUUGCUAAUGUACUUGUCUACGCUGUAACCUGGCUAUUUUUUGGUCUUGAAGGAGGAAACAAUGACAUAUCAUCCAAGGACUCAGAAAAAUUCAGAAAUGUUAUGUUGGUUGGAGUAGGAGUGGGAUGUGUUACCACUGCUCUCUUUCAUAUUUUAGUUAGGGAACCAGACACAAGAAGUUUUCAACAAGAGUUUCUGGUCUUAAUAGUGGACUACUGGUAACUUGAGGGUGGUCUGGUAUAUAUCUUGUGGACUAAAAAUGUCUGGUACAUCUGGACUAAGCUCUCACGCUGGGAUUGUGGACUUAUCAAACUUAUGGUACAUAGGGGACUCAACGUGGACUCCACGGCACUUAGGGGACUUAAUGUGGACUCACUCGGUCGCUGAGUGGGGUUAAGGUCUGGUCUGGUGGAUAAGUUAUCGGUUAAAUGUGGACUUGUGAAGUCUGGUCUUGAAGUGGAACGUCUGGUCUUACAGUGGACCGUCUGGUCUUAUAGUGGACCUAGAGUAUUGUUAACUUGGACUCGUGGACUUCUUUGUUCCGAGGACUUCUUUUAGGGUCUAGCUAGGGCUAUCCCAAG